GCCAAAGAUUCCAGCUUCCACCAGUGCACUCGCUCAGCCUACAUACAAUACACAGCUUCACAAGAUGCUAUAGCCUCGCAACAUCCAACGCCAUAUCUUUUUCUACAUGUAAUCGAACCAAGCCGCAGCCCAUCAUGGCUAUAUCCACAGCCGCAGCCCGGCUGCGGCGUACAUUCCACUACCCCGACGACGAAGGCGACUCCUCGAACCAGGAAGUGCUGGACGAGCAAGAACAAGAAGCCGUCAUAACCCAGCUCGUAACCGAACGAAACACGCACAACGCCUCCCUGCUCCGCCUGCUCUUCCUUCUCCCGGCCUUGUCGUGCCUGCCCUUCCUGCUCCGUGUCCUAUCCCUCCUUCUCUCACCUUUCUCCACAUCGUCUUCAUCACAACAUGGUACAACCAACAGCCCGUCACUGCUGCUCUCCCUCUUGGGACUGACCUCCCUGGCCGCGACGACGUGGCUGCUAUACCGGCUCGACACCACGCAGACGGGGUUCGCCUUUCUCGAUGGGUCGGCAUACUCCUCUCCCUCUCCAGGUAUAGGGUUAGGUUCAGCGAGCCGCGGAUCCGACAUCAUGGGUGGCAGGAGGAGAAGAGGAAGGGGAAGGGGCGUGGUGGAUCUUCGCGGGCUGUUGGGCGGCAGCUACUCUGCUGAUGGGUCGCCUUUGGAACGGUACCUGCCGUACCUGAAUCUCGGGCUUGCAGGGCUGGCCUUGGUGACGGGGCUGCUGCACACGGCAAAGAGUUCGGGGCUGGAAACGGCCGGGGUGAGUCCCAUCCUACUCGGGGCCUUACCAGGGGUGGUGUACGCCGCCGUGGUAGGGUUCAAGGUGGCUAUGAAGACGGGCGCGGAUCCCGAGAAGGAAUUGGGCCGGCUGCGGUAUGGUUAUAAGGGUGCAUAGGGUCAAAAAGAGCGGUUUUUGGUAACAUUCGGGUGAUCGACAAAGAGAGCCAACGAGAAAAAGAGACUUGAUACCUGGGGCGUUGGCAUGGAUAUUGAUGAUCCUGCUGUUGGACGACCUCUUUCUGUUGUGUACCCGAUGUAAACCAUGCCGCCGUCUCAUCUUACGUCUACACGUCUAUUGAUUCAUUAAACCGUAGCACGCCAUUCCCCUUCAGCACCCCGUCAACCCCCUUCGGCAGACGCGGGAACGGAUCAGCCAACGGCCCAAGGUCGGGCGACCUCAAAGCCUGGCCUGACUUGUCCACGACAAGCGCCAGACCAUGCGACUUGAUGGCAUCCACUAGCGCAGGCACCAUGUC